AUGGCAGAUACAAAGUGUGAGCGUCUUUUUCGAGAUCACUCCCAGAAAUUCUGCAGUAAACUCAAAAUCUACGGGUCCGAUGGGAGCAAAAAGCAUGAAUCCGAUGGGCCUCGGAUAUGUGUGUGCGACAACGCGAAUGCCAAUCGAAACCUCAUCGAAAGAGUUUCGCGAAAUUUCCGCACACCCGAAGAAUGCGCAAGUCGCGUGAGAUCAGUAUUAGAAGCUAAUGACCCCGCCUGCAUUACUGCACAACGUUCGAGUUGGGAGGAAUGCGUGAGCAGUAAUCUGGCUCAGAUUCGUCGUGGAGACAUCUAA